AUGAGUAAGUUAGAUGAUAAUGAUUAUAGUACAGAUGGUCUCACACUGUUUUCUGUCUCAAAAAGAUAUACAAAUGUCAUUAUAUCAUCAAAGUGUGAAACCAUUUUUGGUGAAUCUAGUAGUGAUUAUGCAUUCAAUCACGUCAAUGACAUUCUUGAAUCAUUUUCAUUUGAAGAUAAUCCAAACCUUGCCAAUAUCAACAAAUUUUCAUUUUACAAUUGCAUACAACUUCGAUCAGUAAAUCUCUCUCCAUGCACAAAACUUAAGACAAUUGGAGACUCUGCAUUCCAAGAUUGUUCUUCACUCGAAACCAUUAUUCUUCCCGAAGGAUUAACAACCAUUGGAUCAUUUAUGAUUUCACAGACUAAAAUAUCUUCAAUAAAUAUCCCAUCUACAGUUACCACAAUUAUUAACUUUGGAUUGGGAAGAACUCCAUAUUUGAGAACAGUUACAUUCACAAAAGGUUCGCAGCUUAAAUCAAUAACUGGAAAUAAUUUUUUCUACACAAAUAUGAAAACAUUUACAGUUCCUGAGAAUGUUGAUUUUUUUGAUGGUAUGGCAUUUUCAUGGUCGUAUACACUUGAAACUAUUAUUGUAGAUCCAGAUAAUCCAUAUUUAUUUAGUGAUGGAAAAGCAUUGUAUAACAAAAAUUUAACUAAAAUAUAG